AUGGCCGAGGCAAUUGCAGUCGUGAAAACCAACAAGAACUCGGUGCUCAAGUUCAUCAAAGAUCUGGUGCCCUGCUUUGAUGUUCCAAAUCGGAUCAUCACCGAUAAUGGAACCCAAUUCACCAGCAAUCUCUUUGGGGAUUACUGCGACGACAUGGGCAUCAAGAUGUGCUUCGCUUCUGCUGCUCAUCCUCGCAGCAACGGACAGGCAGAGCGAGCCAACACAGAAAUCCUCAGGGGAUUAAAGACAUGGACCUACAACGAGCUAAAGAAACAUGGGUCCAGGUGGAUAGAUGAACUCCCCGCGGUGGUCUGGAUAGAUGGCACCACACCGAACCAAGCAACCAGGGAAACACUGUUUUUCCUUGUGUAUGGCGCCGAAGCAGUCCUCCCUGCAGAAGUGACCCUUGGAAGCUCCGCAUUAGGGCCUACCAGGAAGAAGAUCAAGAUCUACGGCGGCAACAAAAUGUUCUCUACCUGGAGGAAGUUCGAUGCCGAGCGGCGCUGA